ACUUACCACAAACCAACUUGUACUUUUCCUUUAUAGAGUAUAUAAGGUAUUAAUUCUAAAAUCUGUGCAGUGAUUGAUUAAUAAUUGAUUACUUGUUCAUAUUUCAAAAGAAUUCAAGUCUUAUUGUUGGUCUUGUUAUUGUAUAAAGAAAUCCAAAAUUAGACUGAAUACUUCUUUAUAAAAUGAGGAAGUUUCAACUCUUCAGCAUUUUCAGCUAUUUUAUAGCUUUAUUUGUUCUUUUACCUUCAGUUUUCGCCGAUUCGGAGAAAAACGAAACUGAAAACUAUGGUACUGUCAUUGGUAUCGAUCUUGGUACUACCUACUCCUGUGUGGCUGUUAUGAAGAAUGGUCGUGUCGAAAUCAUCGCCAACGACCAAGGUAGCCGUAUUACCCCUUCAUAUGUUGGUUUCACUGAUGAAGAACGUUUGGUUGGUGAGGCAGCUAAGAACCAGGCUCCUGCCAAUCCCGAGAACACCGUUUUCGAUAUCAAGCGUCUUAUUGGCCGUAAAUUUGACGAAAAGACUAUGACUAGAGAUAUUAAGUCUCUUCCCUUCAACAUUGUCAACAACAAAAACCGUCCUCUCGUUGAGGUUAAGUACGGUGGUAAGACAAAAGAAUUCACCCCUGAAGAAAUCUCUGCCAUGAUUCUUGGUAAGAUGAAGCAGACUGCUGAAACUUACCUUGGACACCCCGUCACCCACGCUGUUGUAACGGUUCCCGCCUACUUUAACGACGCUCAACGUCAAGCUACCAAGGAUGCUGGUACAAUUGCCGGUCUUAAUGUCAUUCGUAUUGUCAAUGAACCCACAGCCGCAGCUAUUGCCUACGGUUUGGAUAAGACUGACAGUGAAAAGCAUAUCAUCGUUUAUGACUUGGGUGGUGGUACUUUUGAUGUUUCUCUUUUGUCUAUUGACAACGGCGUGUUUGAAGUUUUGGCCACUUCCGGUGACACUCAUCUUGGUGGUGAAGAUUUUGACAACAAGAUCAUCAACUACUUGGCCCGUUUGUAUAACCGCAAGAACAACGUCGAUGUUACUAAGGACGCCAAAGCUAUGGGUAAGCUUAAGCGCGAAGUUGAAAAGGCAAAGCGUACUUUGUCUUCUCAAAAGUCCGCUCGUAUUGAAAUCGAUUCUUUCCACGAUGGUAAGGACUUCUCCGAAACCUUGUCUCGUGCCAAGUUUGAGGAAUUGAACAUGGACCUUUUCAAGAGAACAUUGAAGCCUGUUGAGCAAGUUUUGAAGGAUUCUGGACUUAAGAAAUCUGAAGUUGAUGACAUUGUUCUUGUCGGUGGUUCCACUCGUAUUCCUAAGGUUCAAGAACUUUUGGAGAGCUACUUUGGUAAGAAGUCCUCUAAGGGCAUUAACCCUGAUGAGGCUGUGGCUUAUGGUGCUGCUGUUCAAGCUGGUGUUUUAUCUGGCGAAGAAGGAAGUGAUAACAUUGUACUCUUGGAUGUCAUCCCUUUGACUUUGGGUAUUGAGACCACCGGUGGUGUCAUGACUCACCUUAUCCGCCGUAACUCACCUAUUCCUACCCGUAAGUCUCAAAUUUUUUCAACUGCCAGUGACAACCAAAACACCGUUUUGAUUCAAGUAUUUGAAGGUGAGCGUACUCUGACCAAGGACAACAACUUGCUUGGUAAAUUCGACUUGCGCGGUAUUCCUCCCGCUCCUCGCGGUGUUCCUCAAAUUGAAGUUACUUUCGAAGUCGACGCUAAUGGUGUAUUGACCGUUUCAGCUCUUGACAAGUCUGGUAAGGGCAAGCCCGAGAAACUCGUUAUUAAGAACGAUAAGGGCCGCUUGUCUGAAGAGGACAUUGAACGUAUGGUCAAGGAAGCCGAGCAAUAUUCCGAAGAGGACAAAAUUUUGAAGGAGCGCAUUGAAGCUCGUAAUGGUCUUGAAAACUACGUUUACUCUUUGAAAACCCAAUUCACCGAUAAAGAACAAUUCGGCGGUAAGGUUAGCGAGGAGGACAAGCAAACUGUUUUGGACACCGUUGAGGAUGUUAUUGAAUGGCUUGAAGUUGAAGGUGCUGAAGCAUCUAAAGAAGAGCUUGAUGAUCAACGUCAAAAGGUUGAUCAAGCUGUUCAUCCCAUUACUCAAAAGCUUUACUCUGAGGGAGCUGGAGCCGACGAAGAAGAUGAGGACUUUGAUGCUGAUGAACUUUAAAGUGUUUAUGGAUUCGUCGUUCAAAAACAUUCAUGCACUAAUAUGACACUAUAAAUCUUAAAAAAUAUUAAGAUUUGCAAUAAUUUAUUAAUGUUUCUUGAGAAAUGAUUAUGAUAGAAUCAGUUAUUUUAAUGAGUUCAGCUGUAGCUUUCACUUUUCUGCAGUGAAAGCUACAUAACUGAAUUGAUGUCCCUUCGAAAUUAAUAUCGGUGCAUGCUAUUCCUUUACUGAACGACCCAUCAUAUAUAGAAAGCCGUUAGUUUUGUUGAUGUAUAUUAGCUAAGCUAACUGGUGCUGAUGUUAACUUUGCAAAUGGUACAUUGAAUUAACUAACGGAUUUUCUGAGUUUGAUAUCGUUCAGAUAACCAUUUAAAUCAAAAAUAAUGUAUAACAAUACUAUCCUUUGUUAUUAGCAUGAAGAGUAUAUAGUCUAAUAAAAACGUUACAUUCUUUUAUUUUUGAUA